CGAACCCACCUUCCCUGCCCCGACCCCGGCCUCUCCCUGCUCCUUCCGCUUCCUCCCUCCUCCGGCCCCGCCGCCCCUCCCACCCCACGCAUCGAGCCCAAACAAAACACAACGCGAACGUGACGGGAGCGAGCCACACCAAUCCACCAGAGCACGCGCACCGUCACGCGGGCGCGCUUCUCCCCCGACCCCGUCCGUCCUCCCGUUGCCGUCUCUCCCGUCGCGCGCGCCACGCGAACGGCACCUAGCCAAGGGGGCGCGAUGAGGCCGGGCGGGCCGCCGAACUCGCGGGCGCUGCAGCCGCCGUCGCAGCAGCAGCAGCAGCCGGGCACGCCGGGCCGGGCACGCCGUCGCCCGGAUCUCACCCUGCCGCUGCCGCAGCGGGACAUGAUCUCCCUCGCCGUGCCGCUGCCGCUGCCGCUCCCGCCGUCCUCCGCGCCGUCGUCCACGUCGUCGUCGGGGUCGCUGUCGGCGCCGUCGUCGCUCGGCGCGCCCACCCCGCCGACCUCCGCCGGCUCCGCGCCGGCGAACCCGCCGCCGCUGUGCGAGCUGGAGCGCGUGCGUCGCAUCGGGAGCGGCGCCGGCGGGACGGUGUGGAUGGUGCGCCACCGCCCCACGGGCCGGCCCUACGCGCUGAAGGUGCUCUACGGCAACCACGACGACGCGGUGCGUCGGCAGAUCACGCGCGAGAUCGCCAUCCUCCGCACCGCCGAGCACCCGGCCGUGGUGCGGUGCCACGGCAUGUACGAGCAGGCCGGCGAGCUCCAGAUCCUGCUGGAGUACAUGGACAGGGGAUCCCUGGAGAACCACCGCAUCGCGGACGAGCACUUCCUGGCGCACGUGGCGCGUCAGGUGCUGUCGGGCAUCGCCUACCUCCACCGGCGCCACAUCGUGCACCGCGACAUCAAGCCUUCCAACCUGCUCAUCGACUCCGGGCGGCGCGUGAAGAUCGCCGACUUCGGCGUGGGGCGCAUCCUGAACCAGACCAUGGACCCCUGCAACUCCUCCGUGGGCACCAUCGCGUACAUGAGCCCCGAGCGCAUCAACACCGACCUCAACGACGGCGCCUACGACGGCUACGCCGGCGACAUCUGGAGCUUCGGCCUCAGCAUCCUCGAGUUCUACCUAGGCCGCUUCCCGCUGGGCGAGAACCUGGGCAAGCAGGGCGACUGGGCCGCGCUCAUGUGCGCCAUCUGCUACUCCGACUCGCCGCAGGCGCCGCGCAACGCGUCGGCGGACUUCAAGAACUUCAUCAGCCUCUGCCUCCAGAAGAAUCCGGCGAACCGGCCGUCCGCGAUGCGGCUGCUGCAGCACCCGUUCGUGGCCCAGCCGCAGACGCAGCAGGCGCAGCCGCAGCCCCUGGCCGCACCGCCGUCAUGAUGGCCCGCUGCGCCGCAGAAAUCCACAAUUCCGACCGAUUCGAUUGAUUGAUUGCUUCCCGUCGUGAUCCAACUGGGGCGGCGGGUGGAUUGAUCUCUCACCUUUGGAUUGAUUGCCUGAUUGGUUGGAUGGCCAUGAGAUGUGGGACCUAGGGACGUUCUUCCUAGCCAUUUUGGGAAUUCAGGCCCUCCGCCACAGCAAUCAUCACCGCAUCAUCAUCCAUUGUUGUUGCUGUUGCUCCACCAGGAAUUAAGUUAUCGUCUUAGCAUUUCUUUUUUUUCUUCUUCUUCUUCUUUCCUCACCCCACCUUCAUCCUUUCAAUGUUCAUGUUCUUCCAAAUGAUAAUCAUAUAUAAUAUGGGUUGUUAAGAAAAACCACUGCGUUUCCAUCAUUUUGUAAUACAUGCUGCAUCUCACAGUCA